UUUCACUGGGACCUAUUUUAUCAUCGCAACAGGAUAUUUACCCCGGAAGCUGAGCGCAGGAACAAGUCAAGCCAGUUGCUGGAACAUGUCUCCUCCACAUUUACUUUGACCGCAUGAUGUUGGUGGGAUACAGCAGCAGCUCGGAGGAGGAGGAGGAGGACAACCAGGAGGAGACUGCUCCCCACAAAGAUGCUUCUCCUGCGCGUGAGGAGGAAGAGGAAGAGGAAGGAGAGGACGGCUGCCCGGCGAGGAAGAAACCCAGAGCUGAACCACAGGUCACCAAAACAAGGCUUCCUGUCCCUGGUUCCCUCAUGUCCAUGUUCCCAGAGGACGGUGAUCCAGAGACGGAGGACAGUUCCCUCCACGGUGGACGGAUCCGCUCUUUCCGACACGAGAGAGGAAACUGGGCCACCUAUGUUUAUUUACCAUACCAUCCUGAGGAGGAGUUUGAGGAGGUGCUGGAGGAGCUGUUCUCCGCUGCGAGCGACGGGGGGGUGGAUUUGACCCAACAGGAGGAGUUCCACCUCAGCCUGUCCCAGACGGUGGUGCUGAGACACCACUGGAUCCAGCCCUUUACACGGAGCCUCCGGGCAGACCUGGCCCACUGCAAACAGUUCGUUUGCUCUGCGAGGAAACUGAAGGUUUAUUGUAACGCUGAGAAGACGAGGACGUUCUUGGGAAUAGAAGUGUGUUCUGGUCAAACUCAGCUGUUGGACGUGGUCCGAGUUGUGGACAGAACGAUGACAGAGUUUCGCCUGGACACUUUUUACACGGAGCCGUCUUUCCAUGUGAGUCUGGCCUGGUGUGUCGGAGACAUGAGGGAGAAGAUGGACGAAUGUAUUCAGAAGCUGCAGUGUGUGGUUGAUGAACGAGAAGAAGGACCGUUUCACCUGAGGCUGGACGGCGUGGAGCUGCGCUGCAGGACAGGAAACAAAACCUUCCGCUUCCCCCUGGAGCCAUAAGACCAGACGAGAGUGAAACCUCUCAGGUCAAAGGUCACUGACUUUCUCAUCCUCAUUCCAACUGUUACUCACUGUGUUUAGAAAUCUCCUUUAAUAACUGCAAAGACAAUCAAGGCGAAAUGGCCGAAAGAAUAAAUGUUAUUGUACUUUUCUGCAUUAUUUUACCACUGACUGUAAAUAAAGUUUCUACUGAGUGUA